AAAUUGAGAAGAUCCAGAAAGGGGAUUCAAAAAAAGACGAUGAGGAGAAUUAUUUGGAUUUAUUUUCUCAUAAGAACAUGAAGCUGAAAGAGCGGGUGCUGAUACCUGUCAAGCAGUAUCCCAAGUUCAAUUUUGUGGGGAAGAUUCUUGGACCACAAGGGAAUACAAUCAAAAGACUGCAGGAAGAGACUGGUGCAAAGAUCUCUGUGUUGGGAAAGGGCUCAAUGAGAGAUAAAGCCAAGGAGGAAGAGCUGCGCAAAGGUGGAGAUCCCAAAUAUGCCCACUUGAAUAUGGAUCUGCAUGUCUUCAUUGAAGUCUUUGGACCCCCAUGUGAGGCUUAUGCUCUUAUGGCCCAUGCCAUGGAGGAAGUUAAGAAGUUUCUAGUACCAGAUAUGAUGGAUGAUAUCUGCCAGGAGCAAUUUCUAGAGCUGUCCUACUUGAAUGGAGUACCUGAGCCCUCUCGUGGACGUGGGGUGCCAGUGAGAGGCCGGGGAGCUGCACCUCCGCCUCCACCUGUUCCCAGGGGCCGUGGUGUUGGACCACCUCGGGGGGCUUUGGUGCGUGGUACACCAGUGAGAGGAGCCAUCACCAGAGGUGCCACUGUGACUCGAGGAGUGCCACCCCCACCUACUGUGAGGGGUGCUCCAACACCAAGAGCACGGACAGCAGGCAUCCAGAGAAUACCUUUGCCUCCACCCCCUGCACCAGAAACAUAUGAAGAAUAUGGAUAUGAUGAUACAUAUGCAGAACAGAGUUAUGAAGGCUACGAAGGUUAUUACAGCCAGAGCCAAGGGGACUCAGAAUAUUAUGACUAUGGACAUGGGGAGGUUCAAGAUUCUUAUGAAGCUUAUGGCCAAGAUGACUGGAAUGGGACCAGGCCGUCGCUGAAGGCCCCUCCAGCUAGGCCAGUGAAAGGAGCAUACAGAGAGCACCCAUAUGGACGUUAUUAAAAACAAACAUGAGGGGAAAAUAUCAGUUAUGAGCAAAGUUGUUACUGAUUUCUUGUAUCUCCCAGGAUUCCUGUUGCUUUACCCACAACAGACAAGUAAUUGUCUAAGUGUUUUUCUUCGUGGUCCCCUUCUUCUCCCCACCUUACUCCAUUCUUAACUCUGCAUUCUGGCUUCUGUAUGUAGUAUUUUUAAAUGAGUUAAAAUAGAUUUAGGAAUAUCGAAUUAAUUUUUUAAGUGUGUAGAUGCUUUUUUUCUUUGUUGUUUAAAUAUAAACAGAAGUGUACCUUUUAUAAUAAAAAGAAGUUGAGUAAAAAAAAAAAAAACCACAAACCUGUUAGUUUCAAAAGUGACAUUGCUUGCUUAAAGGUUCUGAAGUAAAAGCUUGUUAACUUUCUCUUAGGUUUGAUUUGAGGCAUCCCGUAAAGUUGUAGUUGCAGAAUCCCAAACUAGGCUACAUUUCAAAAUUCAGGGCUAUUUAAGAUUUAAAAUCACAAACUUUAACGGCAGUAAGUGCCACCAUGUAAAAGUGAGCUCAGAUGUCUCUAAAAUGUUUCCUUUAAAAGCACAUGGCGGUUGAAUCUUAAGGUUAAAUUUUAAUAUGAAAGAUCCUCAUGAGUUAAAUAGUUGAUGCAAUUUUUAGUGUUAAUUGACUUUAAAAAACAACAAAAUUAGCUUUGUAAAACUGACUUUUUCAUCAUGUGGGUUUUGAAAUCUAGCCCCAGACAUACAGUGUUGAGAGAUACUUAGUGGGGGGAGUAAGUUCUGAAGAGGUUGAUUGGGGGAGGGGGGCUGGCCACCUGAAUUGAAUUUGAUGCAGAGCUUUUUAGCCUCAAACAAUCUUUCAGUAAUAGUAGUAGUAAUUAAAAUUUCAGUAUUUAAAAAGACAGAGUAUUUUGUCCAUCUGAGGUUCUGCACUCCAUGAAAAGCUCACUUGGACACUGGGGCCAAAAGCUAAUGAUUUUAAGUUGACGGUUGUCAAUUAAACUGUUCCCAAGGUAGUCAGUCAAGUAUGUCUCAACACUAGCAUGAUAUAAAAAGGGACACUGCAGCUGAAUGAAAAAGGAAUCAAAAUCCACUUUGUACAUAAGUUAAAGUCCUAAUUGGAUUUGUACCGUCCUCCCAUUUUGUUCUUGGAAGAUUAAAUGCUACAUGUGUAAGUCUGCCUAAAUAGGUAGCUUAAACUUAUGUCAAAAUGUCUGCAGCAGUUUGUCAAUAAAGUUUAGUCCUUUUAUAAUCAAAGUAAA